AUGCUUACAGAAGAGGCUUCAAAAUCGUCUGAUAUGCCGAUUGAUAUGCAAAAUCCGUACAAGCCGAAGCCCCGUCAAUGUUUCUUAUGUCGGAAUAAUGUAGAACUAGACUAUAAGAAUGUACAACUUUUAUCCCAAUUCGUGUCCCCCUAUACCGGUCGGGUGUACGGCCGCCACAUAACCGGCCUCUGCAUUCCCAUGCAAAAGCGCGUUGCAACUCUGAUAGACAGGUCCCGCAAGUUUGGUUUCAUGGCCAACGAGUCAAAGGAAACGGUUUACUUCGACGACCCUUCUAUUCUUGCAAAUAAGAGAACAUGA